AUGGCAGGGGUGAUUCAUAGCACACUCAACCCACAUGGGGUUUCCAUUAUUGGAGGCCAUGGCAAGGAGCACGCCGAUUACUACUAUGAUCAGGACUUUGAUAUCGACAUGAUGAGGCAAUCCUCGCCGCGUGUGCCGAAUACGCCGCAUACGCCACAUUCAACUGGUCAUGGCUCUACCGUGGGUGCUUCACAUGAGUCUACAUUGCCAUUUAUCACCCGAAACGGCUACGCGGCAAUUAUGAAUAUAUUCUGGGAGAAACUAGAUCACCCGUGGCCUGUCUUUUCAAAGAUCCCAUUGGAGUUACGCAGACAGAUAUUUGAGCGUUUCCGGACCUUGUAUCGGUGGUCUCCGACAGAAGAGGAGAGGAUCUACCAAGGCUUUGAGAAUAUUUUGAAGGAGCGCUAUCGUGACCGGAUGAGGGACGCUAGGGAUGCUUCAGUCAUUCUAGCAGAACAAGGUGGCCACCAUAUCGAAGAUGUGAAUGAAUCUUUUCACAACUUAGAAAAUUUCCAUCCCCAAUACAUCCCAGAGAAUGUUUGGAAAAACUUAUGUGCUUAUUGGAACACUCCUAAGUGGAAAAGCAUAUCUGCAUGUGCAAAGGAAAACCGCAACACUCCCGAUGCUAAUGGGAAGACUGGGAGGCACACAGGCGGGAGCAUUGGAAAUGCUGACCAUCGCAGGAAACUGAAAGAAGCAACAGGUUAA